UUUUUGAUUGAGGUGUCGGGGCCGAGUCCGGGCUUCGCCCCGAAUCCCCCCCCCCCCCCCGGGCUGGGCCGGGCUGGGGACUGGACCGACGGACGGAUAUGGGGCGGCGGAGCGGAGGCAGCGGACCCAGAGGCUGAGGAGAGCCCGAUCCCCCCCAUAUUGGCCGGCGGAGCGAUGAAGCGGAGACUGUGGUUCGUCCUGCUCUGGAUUGGUCUCCUGUCCUCUAGAAUUUCCGUGAUUUCAGCUCGAGGUCCUCAUCUGAAGGUGCGGUCGAAACGAUUUGUUCGUGCCAGAGUAAAUAAUAACUGUUCAACUUCAGAAUAUGUUCCAUCGGGGAAGAACUACUGCUGCAACAAGUGUACUCGAGGUCACUACGUGAGGAAUGUCUGUGGUGGGGCCGGCCUGCGGACCGAUUGCGCUCAGUGUCGUAAUGGGACCUUCCUGGCGGCCGAGAACUCGCUGUCGAAGUGCAAAGCGUGCACGGUCUGCGACCCAGUGCUGAACCAGAUCGAGCUGAAGACCUGCGAGCCCCACGUCGACCGACAAUGCACCUGCCCCAAGAACACCUUCCGCAGCUGGCUGGACGAUUCCACCUUCCACUGUCAGAAUUGCACCGUCUGCAAGAGGGAGACGAUCGAGCUCUGUACAGCAACUUCUGACACUGUCUGUGGCUGCGAACGGAAUUGGUUUUACCACACUCUGGACAAAGUCUGCCGACCCUGCGACAGUUGCCGUGGAGAUCGGCAAUGUAAGCUGUGCGGAAACGGAUAUCCCCAGUUCUUCCUGCUUAGCAUCGUCUCCUGUUCGAUCGUGGCCGUGAUGGUGAUCAUUGGGGCGGGCUACCUGAUCUUCUGGAGGGCCAAGAGGGUCUGUCAGUGGCAGGCGUCCGCCUGUAGUGUCAGGAGCGGAGACCUCUUCCGCUCAGAAGUGAAGGGGAGCACCCCCGAGGGCUCCCGCUCACCGGACCACCUCCUGCCCGUCCAGGAGGAGGGAGGCGGCCGGCUGUCCCUCCUGACCCCCACUCACCUGACCGAGCUCCCGGACUGCGUCCAGGCGGCUGGGACUGCACACCUCCCCGACGACCAGAGGCUGUCGUACGCGGUGGCGGACGUGGUGCCCGCCUCUCGCUGGCGGGAGUUCGUCCGGCGCCUGGGCCUGUCGGACACGCAGAUCGAGCGGGCCGAGAUGGAGGCCCGGCCCAGCUUCCGGGAGGCGCAGUACCAGAUGUUCCAGCUGUGGCGGCAGCGGCAAGGCGGGGGCCGGGGGGCGGCCGGCGCGGCCCCCCUCCAGCUGGUGUACCGGGCCCUCAGAGACAUGCAGCUGAACGGCUGUGCCGAACAACUACAAGAACAACUUCAGUGAAUGCACACCUCCCCCCCCCUCCGUUACCCCCCUCCCCCCACCCUCCCGCCUCCGUUACCCCCCUCCCCACCUCCAUUACCCCCUCCCUCCCCGCCUCUGUUACCCCCUCCCUCCCCGCCUCCGUUACCCCCUCCCUGCCCAUCCCCGUUACCCCUUCCCUCCCCGCCUCCGUUACCCCCCUCCCUCCCCGUCCCAGGAUACACAUUCCUCCCGCCAACUCAUUUCCCCUGCGUCCCGGGGCACGGAUCCCUCGCCACCCACCCCUCUGGAUCAACCACCCCUUCCCUCUCCUCUCCCGGGACAGAGAGCGAGGAAAGGAGCCGGGGGGG